GUGUGGAUGUAACUGUGCAGUCCGCCGAGUCUCAGUGGCGCAGGACAGGACAGUCGCCACGCCUUCAGGGACGCUCUUUUUAACGGCCCAACCUUGCGUUUGUGUCCGCUGCACACCGGUACGAGCCUGUGCGGGACAUUUAACAAGCAACUGUAAACACUGUACUUAACGGCAACCAGGCGGUGUGCCUCUGGAGUCCGGCUUCACUUCUCCCAGCUGAUGCCCAGCUGCUUCUAAACCCUGAUUAAAUUGGGAAUAACCAGCACCGGAGCUUAUAUCGAUUUGACAUCGGAUACAAGUCGGAUCAAAGAUGAGGAUCAAAGUGUAGUGCUGAACCCUCCUCAGUCUGAACGUAGACCGGUCUCUGAUGCUGCUCGUCCAUCAACCCCUCUGUGAAAGAACAUAUUUGCACAGUUUUGUCACCACUCACCUAAGCAGGAAGACACAAGAACAGUAGUCAGGAAUGCCCCAGACUGCGUGCUCAGGCACCAUGUUUACCACUCCCAGUGGCUUCAGCCCUCAUCUGGCCUGUGCUGAGCCUGGGGAGGAGGAGGCCCCACAGGAAGGCCCGGGGCCGGGGCCUGGGGCUUGCCUCUCCGAUGGGCCGCCCAUCACUUCUGCCUCCCUGGACACCCUGAUCCAGAACCUGGUGCCCACUGCCGAUUACUACCCCGAGAAAGCCUAUGUGUUUACCUUCUUGCUGAGCGCUCGUCUGUUCAUUCCUCCUCCGGAGCUGCUGGCCAGGGUGUGUGAGCUGUGCAUCAAACAGCAGCAGCUGGAUCAGAGCCCACUCGAUACGGCAAAAGUACGCAAGUUUGGCCCCAAGAUCCUGCAGCUGCUGACAGAAUGGACAGAGACAUUCCCGUCCGAUUUCAGGGAUGAAAAGAUGGUCGGACACGUCAAAGACAUCAUCCACAGGAUAGCUCCAUGUGAUGAGGCAUACUGGAAAACCCUGAACCAGGUGCUGCAGAAACUUAGCCAGAGGCUGUCCCUGAUGAGCCAGGGGGAAGAGAGCAUUGUCAAGGUCUCCCUCAACGCCUCCUCUGACAAGCUGGUGGCCUUCAAGACCAAGCCUCCGCCCAUCCAGAAGGAUAUACUCUCCAUCUGCAACGACCCCUACACGCUGGCUCAACAGCUCACCCACGUGGAGCUGGAACAUUUGAGCCGUAUCGGACCGGAGGAGUUUGUCCAAGCUUUUGUUCAAAAAGACCCUCUAGAUGGAACACAGCAGCCGUGCUUCAGUGACCAGAAGAAAAAAACCUCCAACCUGGAAGCCUACGUGAGGUGGUUCAACAGACUUUGCUACCUGGUAGCGACAGAGAUCUGCAUGCCAGCGAAGAAGAAACAGAGGGCCCAGGUGAUCGAGUUCUUCAUUGAUGUGGCCAGGGAGUGUUUCAACAUUGGAAACUUCAACUCACUCAUGGCAAUUAUUUCUGGUAUGAACAUGAGUCCUGUGUCCCGGCUGAAGAAGACUUGGAGCAAAGCUAAGACUGCCAAGUUCUUCAUUCUUGAGCAUCAGAUGGAUCCGACUGGAAACUUUUACAACUACAGGACUGCCCUGAGGGGGGCCGCCCACCGCUCUCAGACUGCCAACAGUAACAGAGAAAGGAUUGUGAUUCCUUUCUUCAGUCUGCUGAUAAAGGACAUUUAUUUCCUGAAUGAAGGAUGUGCCAAUCGGCUGCCCAACGGCCACGUCAACUUUGAGAAAUUUGUCGAGUUGGCGAGGCAAGUUGGCGAGUUCAUGACAUGGAAACAAGUAGAGUGUCCAUUUGAGGAGGAUAGGGCCAUCCUACACUACCUCCACACUGCUCCCAUCUUCAGCGAGGACGGGCUCUAUCUUGCUUCCUAUGAGAGUGAGAGUCCAGAGAAUCAGGUAGAGAAGGACAGAUGGAAAGCACUCAGGUCCAACGUCCUGGCAAAGACAUGAGGCAGCAAAGGCAGCUCACCUGCCACCAACAAGGGAGCGUGUGGUCUCUUUGCACUAAACUGAACUGUGAAGGAACCUAACUGGUACUUUGAUGUUUUUCUAUGAAGAAAAAAAGGGAGAAACACGAUGAACAGGAUUCAUCAUGGAGUGUGUAAAAAAAAUUAAUUUAAAAAAAAGUGAAGUGACUAUAUUAAGCUAUCAAGCAAAAUCCCUUUGCAGUUUGCAGGAGGCUUGGUGAUGAGGUACAGUAUAUUGGAGAGCAACAAUGCUUCUCCAUGUGUGAUGUGUGUUUACUCUGUGAAGAUGUUUACUACUUUAGAGAGUACAGUUACAGGGAAAACCACUUUCUAAAACAAGAAUUCCUAUUAAUGCUGUUUGUGGUUUUUUUGUAUUUGCUCCUCCCACCUCCUUCUCGCCUUCCCUCUUCCCCUUUGCUACAAAGCCUUGUCUAGGUAUUUAAAUUUGACUUUCUUUUUUUUUUUUCCUUUACUUGUAAUGUACUGUAAUGAAACAUGAAAAUAAUGUGACGGGCGCUGGCUAGCCCAUUUCAACUGUCAAGUUUUAUAGGUCUACUGAAGAAAUGGCAUCUGUGUGUUUUCAGAGAAGAUGGACGACAACAUGCCUUGAGCAUUUUACCACAUCUCAUCUGACUGUGCGUGAUCACGCGUUUGUUCAUAUUGUCUCUGUCUUGUGCUACACGCUGUCGAUCGGAGAAACCUGUUUAUGGUUCAUCUCUAUGUUUUAUUUUUAUUUAUUCUUUUUCAUUUUGGGGAAGGUGUCGUGUGGGGAUUAUCAACCUGUUUUAAAAGUGUUUACUUCUUUUAAAUGUGUUGUGCCAUCAACUACACAAGAAAACUACAGUAAUUGGUCGCUGCAUGUGGAGCCAGGCCAGGUGUAGAUUGUGUACAGGUGACAUUUACCCCUCAUCUUUCUGCUCUACAGGAAGUUUUCUCUGACUGAUGUUCAGUUGUCUGAUAUAUUUAUGGAGAUUUCUGUGCUGACAGAUGUAUAAUUUUUAUUGUAAUGUUCCUUUAUUGGUUAGGAAGUCCAACGGCAUGCUACGACAGGUGUUCUUAAAGGGGCAUUAGAGUAUCCACCUUGUGAAGACUGCAACACAGACUUUGUGAUGAGGAUGCUUUGUUACAUUUUGUGGAAGGACGAUAAUGAAAGGAGGUCUUCUGUCUUGAUAUAAAGUAAAGAGGGAAACUUGUGCCAUACAAUUCACUGGUUGUCAUAACAAUUCAGGUUCCUUUGACUUGAAACGUGUUGUUGAAUCGUUUUGUGGGAUUGUCACCUUUUUUGGCUUCAUUUUUUGUUCUGUGAUUCAAGAGCCAUUUUGCGG